GCACUUUGCUGUAGCUAUGCAGGGCGAACAUGGAGUUCUCGCAUAAUCCACAGACGUAUUAUUCUGUUAUCGAUCAUCAUCAUAAUCUUCAACAACAUCAACCCGCCUAUAAUGCCGGUACGUUAGUGAGAAAAAUUGUUCAAUAGUCAAUUUUGGUCAAUAGAACGGUAUCGUGAUUUACUAAGUGGGUGUUGUCCGAGAAUUUUGCAUCUAAACUUCUCCAGCACGAAGAUUACUUUGAAAGUCACGAUUCAUCUCGAAUUUCAUUUACUGAUAUUUUCUUUUUUAGGUGAUAGAAGUAAAAAAGGCAAAAGAAAACUUAGUGAUAAGGAAUCUGAAGAAGAUGAGACGGCGUUUGGGGAUAACGGAGAAAUCACGGAUAAGGAGAGAUUAGCAAGAGAAAGUCAUUGCGAGAUUGAACGUCGUAGGAGGAGUAAGAUGGCGACUUACGUUAAUGAAUUAUGCGAUAUGGUGCCCGCUUGUUCAACCCUUGCCAGAAAACCCGACAAGCUAACGAUUUUGAGAUUAGCUGUAGCUCAUAUGAAGACUUUACAGGGAACCGGUAAUACGACUAAUGAUGGCUCGUAUAAACCGUCAUUUCUUACUGACCAGGAGUUAAAACAUUUGAUAUUAGAAGCUGCAGACGGCUUUCUUUUUGUUGCGCAAUGUGAUACGGGCAGAGUGAUUUACGUGUCGGAUUCCGUUUUACCAGUACUCAAUCAGACUCAGCAAGCUUGGUAUUCGGCCUCGUCAUUAUACGACCUCGUACAUCCUGAUGACACGGCAAAACUUCGUGAGCAAUUAUCAACGUCUGAGUCACAAAGUAACGGAAGAAUAUUGGAUUUAAAAACUGGUACUUUAAAGAAGGAAGGUCAUCAAUCGUCUAUGCGAUUAUGCAUGAGUUCCCGAAGAGGUUUCAUUUGCCGGAUGAAAAUCGGAAAUGUACCUGUCGAUCCAAUGAUAUCCAAUCACACGGUGCGUCUUCGCCAAUUAAACACUCUUGGUCAAUCACCUGACGGCCAACAAUACGCUAUUGUCCACGUGACGGGUUACUUGAAAAAUUGGUCUUUGUCUGCAAUGCAAAUGGAUAGAGGUGCGAAUGGACAGGAUGAUGAUCUACAAUCCUCUUGUUGCCUUGUAGGAAUAGGUCGUCUACAAGUUACAUCAUCACCGAGUGUUUCAGAUAUGAAUUCAACAGGAGCAUCAACUUAUAUUUCAAGACACUCAGUUGAUGGUAAAUUUACAUUUGUCGAUCAGAGAGUAGUGUCAGUGCUUGGCUAUCAACCACAAGAGUUUUUCGGAAAGUACUUGCACGAAUUCUGCCAUCCGGAAGAAGAGAAUCAAGUAAAAGAGAGCUUCGAUCACGUUCUCAAACUUAAAGGUCAGAUGAUGUCGUUAGCAUUUAGAAUGCGUAGCAAGAGUGGAGAAUGGGUAUGGAUUAAAAGUUGCUCUUUUAGUUUUCAAAAUCCUUAUACGGACCAAGUCGAGUAUAUCGUGUCGACAAACACAGCAGUAAGGCAAAAUAGUCCGACGAAUGCCGAUCAGAGCUCGGAAAGAUUGAAUUCAACAUCAGAAGUCAUCGAUGCGGAAAUCUAUACAAGAGCCAUGACACAAGUUCAAGGUUAUGCCCCUCUUCAGCAGAUGACGCCUUUGAUUAAGCAAUCGGCGUGGAACUCGAUGCUGACAAAUCCGUCAACCACUUCAAAUUACGACAGUUCGUGGCAUUGGGCAACUCCGACCCCAGCUACAUCCAGCUCAGCUGCUCAGGAACAACAACAAUCUGCGGCUAAUCAGUCGAAUAAUUCGUCUGGAAAUCAGCAGGAAAUGAGCGAAGUAAUGAGUAUGUUGGAACCUGCUGAAUUAGAAUACGAUUUGUCGACCUUUACUAAUAUCUAAAAGCCUUGUGUUCGUCUGUGCUAUUUUCAUGUCUUUAAUUAAAGCGUUAAUUGAAUGAUUAAUAAGAGAAUGUUGUUAAAAAUUAAAAUUGUAAACUAGAUGUAGUAUUGAAUCAAGUCUUUCGAAGUGUCAGUGAAUAAAAUGAGGAAAACCUUUCAUUUCAUUCCUUUAUUUGUUUUCCAUAUGAUUUUCAAAAAGAAAUAUUUUUAUUGUCUCUUAUUUUUGCUUUUAAUUUUACCUUUUAUUAUUC